AUGACCGGAAUCACAAAUACAAUCUCAGGGGAGUUUACCUUUGAGAAGAAGACAGCAGAGGUCUUAGGUUCUCAAAUGGCAUAUGUUGAUGUGGGAACCUCCGAUCCAAAGUCAGCGGUCACCGUUUUCCUACACGGAGUCCCCACGUCCUCAUACCUGUGGCGAAAUAUUAUCCCAUAUGCAGCUGCAAAAAGUCGUUGCAUUGCCCCAGACCUUAUUGGGUUCGGAGAUUCCGACAAAGUUCCAGGGGCGUAUUAUUUCGAAGACCAUCAGAGGUACAUAGACGCCUUUCUAGAUGCUGUCUUACCGACUCAGGCAAUAAAUCUUGUCAUUCACGACUGGGGAUCCGCCCUUGGAUUUAACUGGGCUCGUCGAAAUGAACAUCGUGUAGCUGGUAUCGCAUUCAUGGAAUUUAUUCACCCCAUAGCGAACUGGAACGACUUACCACCUAUUAUGGUGGAGAACUGGAAAAAGUUUCGAGAUCCAGAUACCCAAGUCGGUAGAAGCUUAUUGAUUGAUCAGAACGUCUUUGUCGAACAUAUUCUCGACGGCGGGGUGGCACGAUCAUUGACAAACGAGGAAAUGGAUGCAUAUCGCAAGCCAUUUCGACAACCUGAGUGGCGUGAGGCAAUCUAUCGGUUCCCGAACGAGCUUCCUAUAGAGAAUCAGCCCGGAAAUACAUGGAUAUGUGCAGAAAAAUAUAUGGAGUGGUUAUUCGCCAGUGAGAAGCCGAAGCUAUUCUUCUGGGCCAAGCCCGGAGGGCUUGUCUGGGAAACAAAAGCAGAGGAGUUUCGGCAAAAGUUGAAGAACACAAGGGUCGUGUAUCUAGGAGAGGCGAUUCAUUAUGUACAAGAGGACCACCCACAUACAAUUGGCCGUGAAUUGGCUGACUGGCUCCCUCUAUCUUUGAACUAG